AUGGACGACUAUUGUUUCAAAUGGAAUGUGAAGCAUCAGUGGGGAGAUAAGAGCAUAUUCAGCGAAUACUUCAACUCGCACAACUAUACGUGGCGGCUCGCUCUGAUAACCGCAGACAGGCCGUAUGUGUAUCUGGAGUACUUCGGGUACUUGACAUUCGAGGUGUUCACAGACUACAUUCUACAAAUAGAAUACGCAGAUGGAGAAAGAGAAGAAAAAAAAGUGACUUUUGGCUUUGGGACUCAGCUGGACUUUGGAGUGGAGGUCCAGGAGAAAGAAAAAAAAACAGUCUCCAUAAAAAUACUCUCUGCUGUCAGGUGCUACGAGUCGAAAAAAGACACACCGUACACGGGACUGAUCAACCUGGGCGCCACCUGCUAUCUAAACUCGAUAAUGCAAACACUCUUCCAUAUAAAGGGGUUUGUGAAAGAGCUCUUCAAACAGCCUCCAAGUAAAAAAACCGUGCAGAUGCAGAAACUGUUCUACCAGCUAGGAAAAGACGUGAUGUAUGCAGACACAAAAGACUUUACAAAUGCCUUUAAGCUGAAGGACGAAGACAUCGACGAGCAGCAGGACAUACAGGAGUUCUUCAAAGUUCUACUGGACGAGCUAGAAAAAGAGGCGAAGGGCACACCGUUUUUCAAAUACAUUGAAGACACAUUUUAUGGAACUCUCGGAACAACAAUACGCUGCGAAAAAGGGUGCGUGCGAGAAAGAACCGAGAAGUACAAUGAUCUGCAGCUGGUGAUGGAUCUGCCAUGCGUUGAGAACUCUGUAACAUCCCUUGAAGACUCUCUGCACGACUACAUGAAAACAACAGAUCUGCACGAGCCAAAUCUCUACAACUGCGAAGAGCACGGGUACGUGAAUGCAACUAAGACAGACUACUGCAAGACCUUCCCCCCUGUUCUCUUCCUCCAAAUAAAGAGGUUCAAUAUGAACUAUGAAACAGGGGAUGUGUACAAGCUGAACAACUACUACUCCUUCCCAAAAACUCUAGAUCUAUCGCCCUACACCCCAGACAAGGAUGCAGACAAUAAGUACACUCUCUACUCGGUGAAUGUGCACCUGGGCAAUGGAAUGUCAGAGGGGCACUACUACGCCUACAUAAAAAAGCCAGAAGGAUGGUACAAAUUCAACGACAGCUAUGUCACAAAGUGCAUGGAAAGAGAGGCAAUCCAGGAGACAUUUGGAGGACGCCAUCCGUACAAGAACAAGAUAAAGGUAUCGAAUGCGUACUAUCUGGUUUACAUAAGAACAUCUCAAAUGGACGAGCUUCUGAACUCGCAAAUAGAAGACGUACCAGAGGAUAUAAAAACAUCGGUAAAAAAAGAAAAGUUUCUUGCUUCGAAGGUAAAACUGGAAAUAUACAUGCCGUGCAUCAUGAAGGGAUACUGGGGCACAGGAUACUUCACUCCAGGUCAGCAGUAUCUCAAGUCAUCGCCUGCUGUUGUGGAGCUAGAGAACUCGCAGUCGUACAACCAGGUUACUCUCCAAGCCAAGAAACUUCUGUUCAACACGAGCACAGCAGAAGAAUCGAUACUUCUGUAUGCAAUUGACAGUGACUCAACUCUAAAGCAAAUCAGAGAAGCAGAGAUUGUUGCAGACUUGCCAAGCCACCAGCUGUUUGCCAUUGAAGCAGACAAGAACAUAAAAGAGGAAGACUCCUUUAUUCUGUUCGUAAAGCAGACUAAAGCCAUGGGGCAGCCGUACGAUCUCAAGGUGCUUAUCGACAUAAAGUCAGCGCACGUGGUGAACAGGAAGGCAAGUGUUAAGGAGUGGAUCAAGGCAGGGCACAAGCUAUCCAUCUCUCCGUUUGCAGAGAUUGACGGAAAGCCCAGGGAAAUAGAGGAUGGUGCAACAUUUGAAAAAGUUUUUAAAGGCGACUCAGGAGUGAUCAUCAUAGAUGCAGGCCUCAAGACAGUGGCAGAGUACUUCAAAGCCCUUUCAUGCCACAGGAUAUUUACGCUCGUGCACAAGAACCAGCAGAUCAGAAACUAUUGGCUGCCCUCCGAUACAACAGCUGAAAGCAUAGAAAAUCUGCUUAAAGAUACGCUGGAGUCAGAGAAGUUCAGAAUUACCGAAAUUGAAGAAGAAAAGAUAUGCAUAGAAGUAGAAGAAGGAUACGUUAUAGCCUAUCUAUCUGCCUUGGGAGAUAAAACAGAGAAUGUAAACCUCGUGGAGAAAAGAGCAUACAUCCUCCCCGAGACAGUUACAGGGGAAGAGAUACUUUCAGCGCUGAAAAUGGACAAAUCAGAGAUCACAUCGGAGACAAGAAUAUUGAAAACGCAUCUAGGAGCGGACAGCAUUACCUCGUAUAGGCCCAACUCCACAAAGAUAAAUCUGCGAAACAUGACACUGGUUGUCGUGCAGGAGGUGCACAAAAAAAUAAGAAUAGAAGCAGUGCUGAAGUACAGCACAGAGACCAUAGGCUAUCCCUUCCUCAUUGAUCUGGACAGCAAGAAAACCUCAAUGGAGCUGAAAAGAAUAUACGGGCUGGAGAACAGCGUCAUCUUUAAAACCACGCCGCUAAAGCAGACAGAGCUGGAAGAGAUGGCUCCUGUUCGAAAGCUCUCAAAAAAUGAAAAACUCAUCUUUAAAAUUACGUACAACCAGAAGUACCAACUGAAGUUUACUAGAUUAUAUUUUAGCUAA